AUCAUACAAACAUCUAGAUGGCAUACAGUGUCAACAUGGCAUUGGGAUGUUAAUGAAGAAUGUUGUGGAAUAUGUCGUAUGCCAUUCGACGGUUGUUGUGUUGACUGCAAAGCACCUGGUGAUGAUUGUCCUCCUGUAUGGGGAACAUGUAAUCAUGCAUUCCAUAUGCACUGUAUUCUCAAAUGGCUUAGUUCAAACAGCGAACAACAACAAUGUCCAAUGUGUAGAGCUGAAUGGCAGUUCAAGACAGACAAUAAGUGA